AUGAGGGAGAAACCUUAUUUCGUUUUACUAAUUUUCUUAAUUUGUCGGAUAGCACACUCAACCGAAACCGAAAAAGAAGAUUGCCCCAGAUUGUGUGUUUUCGAAUGAUUUUCCUUUCGUUAUUCGAUUGUUUUGUUUCAGUUGCAAAUGUGCUCCUGAUCCUGUGCAACCGACUUCUAAACUUGUAUUAUGUGAUUAUUCGUCGAAUUUCACGAUAACACCUAUUGCAUCGGCUUAUAAUCAGGUUGCUAAUAUUAGGUGAGCACAAAAUCCCCCCAUUUCAGCCUAUCCUUCGUUCUAUUCUCAGAAGUUUAUUCAUAAGUUGCGACGGUCUCGUCUGGUUUCCGGAAGGAUAUUUCAAGUCGCUGACGGCGUUACAUCAUCUGCGCGUCUCGGUGAGUUUAUCAUAUUCAGCUGCCACGCGGACGCCUAAUGGCCGUAUCCAUCUGCCUUCGCGUUUAUAGUGUUCUCGUUCGAAGACGGUGCCUUCUUGACUGUUGACGACGACACCAAUUAUUUUGAGAUUUGUAUAGUAACGGGUAGAACAGCGACCCGGCAUGAAAGGAAUAAGGUGUCCGUUGCCCUUUAUGCGUUCCAACACCCUCCUCUCCUAAUUCCUAAGGGCUCUCCGAUGUCUCUAAUUAGGCAGUAUUGCGUCAUAGGCGAGCAUUGAGAUGAGUAGGUUAGUAUCCGUCCGUUCCAAAGGAAUAGAAAACAGAAGCACAGAGGGGAACACACGGAAGAACAUGUGUUGGGCGUGAAGAGGUUAAGCCGAUUAGCCAUGUAAUAUUCAAUACUUGGAGAGCACCGGACAGAUGCAUGAAGUGCUCCGAAAUACGUAGUUGUUGUCCACAGUCUGUGGUGUGACAGCAGGAAGGAAACGGGAAACCGUCGAAGAAUGGCGGGCGCGGCAACGUUUUUUGACAAGCCUUUCCCAUGAUGGAUUGCUUUCAGAGAUGCGAAACGACACAUUUCCCCGUCAAGUUGUUCGAGGAUUUGGCAGCUCUGCGCACGUUGGAACUCAAUCAGGUACGGGCCGUUUCGAGGGAGAUUGAUACUUAUCAUUGACUCAUUUCAGUUGUCAUCGCCGAAGUCGUCGUUUGAAUUAACUGAAGACUUGCUUAUGCCGCUUGCUCGACUCGAGAAGUUCUCACUGACCGAGUCUUACAACGUGGAACUUCCUCGACGACUUCUGUGCUCUCUGCCGCAUCUGCAGGUUGGUAAUCCUUGCGAAACGUCUUGUUCUGAACGACUUGUUGCACUAUACAUUUCGACAAGGAAUUAGUUGUUUAUUAGUUUCGCUCGCGUUCCAAAGACGGGGGCUUUAAAUGGAGAGCGGGAGUACGGGCGAAAGGCUUACUCAACUGACGUUCAGCCAUCUGGCAGAAGGCGGCAAUUGAACGGCGAGUUGGAGAACAAAGGGCUUGAACGUCGUGAAGUGUCGAAUAUCAUCGGAAGUUGUUGUGACUGACGAUGACAAGCGAGUCGGGGACUUUGGAACCGACGGCAGCUCUCGUUGGUCUGCUUCAAUAAUUAGAGGUGUAUUGUUGGCAUGCCACAGACGAUGAAUAUCACGCGUCAUUUAGCUAAUGAGCCCUUUCGUGGCUACCGCACUCCGCUUGUUGUUUCUCGGAUGGUCCUUUCCGCGACACCGAUCCGUUCGGGCAGUCAAGGUAACGGACGGACGGUACCAAAACAAGCCAUUCAUAUGUAAAGUGCGAACGUUUCGCUCUCCAAACGCGAACAUCCAUCAUCGUCGAGAGAAAGACAUAACAUUAUUCCCCGUGUUCUCCCUCGUCUUCUUGAUGGACCCAUAAAGCCGAACAUUAUUAUUAUUAUUAUUAUUAUUAGUGAAUGGCGCAGAAUCGUUGGUUCCGUCGAGUUGGCAAGUGCUCAAUCUUGAGUCGGUGCUCAAUAAUUCAUUCGAAUUUUGAACGGAUCGCGUUGUAAACAGUUGCGCGCGCCCUUGUUCAUCAGAGUGGGCACAUCCUUUUGUGAAGAGAGAUACUGACGAGGAGGAUGAGCCUCAUCCGAUGAGGAGAGGAAUUAAUAAAUAUGAGCUCAUUAGCUGCUCUCAUGACUACUAAUUAGAACACACAAACAUCAAUGGGGACCCGCCUGGUGUAACUGCCAUAUCCGACAGACCAGAGUGUGUGGCUAUUUGAGAGGGUGACAGACAAUGUUCGGAUGUAUCAUCAAAGGAAAUUUGGUCCUUGUUUCUCCCUCUCUCGAAACAAAUCCACUCAACUAAAUUUGAUCCUUCUUGCAGGUGCUGAAUCUGUCUACGAACGCGUUGCCGACGUUGCGAAGGGAAGAAUCCUGUGUUGCGCAACAACUUCUCAUCGUUGACGUGUCGCGCAAUCAGUUGUCCAGCAUUGAGUAAGCAUUAGCGCGGUAACCGAGCGGAAACAACAUUCGAUUAAUUGCAGGCAGUUUCUGAGAGGAGUGCCGGCGAUCCGACAGAUCUCUGUGGCUCACAAUGCCAUUUCUCAGCUGGAGUUGUCGUCGGCAACACCGUUCCUGCAGCAGUUGGACGCAGAAAGUAAUCAGAUUGCGGACCUGAAAUCUCUUCCCGAGACUGUUGUUCAUGUGAAUUUGGCUGGAAACCGAUUGGAACGUGUCCCUGAGGCAGUCUUGGCUCUUCCAAAUCUCGUGGCUCUGAACAUUUCCCACAACUCUCUUGAAUCAGGAAACUCCUCCAUUCUCGGUUAGCCCAUCCUUCUAUUUUCCAUUCUAAUCCCUCCAUUCAUCUUCAGCUUCCACGGAACUUGAAAUGCUGGACGUCUCGUUCAACCAGCUUGACACAUUACCGUCUGAAUGGCUUGAGAAGUGCGAGAAACGGCUGGCGCACCUCCAUCUCGAGCACAACAGAAUCGAACAACUGCUCGUCGGCAGCUUCUCGAAUGCGACUAAUCUGCAGACGGUGAGUCGUUUACGCCUUCUGUUCGACCUCCGGAUCGGACACGCGUCUUCCCUUUCUUUCUUUUCAUUGGGGGGAUCUUCUCAGUUUCUCUGAUUGCGUGACACCAGACAAACAGUACUUGGCUGACCUUUUAAGGGUGCCAUCUAUUCGCCCACAGGUGUCAUCUCAAUGAGGGGUAUUAUGUGAAGUAAGUGGCGAGUGGUUGAGGGAGAGUAAGAGUUGGUUGUAUAAUUGUAGGGUUUAAGGUGCCCUCCCGUAUUGUUGCGAGAAUAAUAUCAUCUUGGUGUGGCAGAAGGUGCCAAAUUGUAUCCGAACCCGGGGGUUUAUUAUGCGAGCGGGCACGACACGGGCAUAUCAGUGAGCGAAGGUGUGACGGACAGCCGGACAAGACGGGCGGCCCCUGACGGACCGGGAACUAAUCCCGUCUCCCCAGGGGAUCGAAUCGCUCCGAGAGAGGCUGGCAGGUGCGCUUUUUUUUGGAGGGUCCGGAAUUGGCUUACUGCUGCCCUCAAUGUUUCUCUCUCGAGAGGCCAAUUUGUGUCGAUGAGCUCUUUUCUUCGUUUUCAGUAAUUAUUUUUGAGAGGGUUCUUUCGAUCUGUGUGCGGGGAUGAGAAGGAUUAGGCAGCUGAGAAUAGACACAGAAUGACCCCGGGGAAAGGAUACAUUUGCAAGGAUGAUGACUGCUGAAAUUGAGUCCGAGAUCAGAACAAUUACCCGAUCAUCGAGUGACGUAAUUGAGGAAGUGCGCACGUGCACACUCAUAAUCCAAUUAGAGUCGACCUCCAGAACUCAUGGAAUGUUUGCGAAAAACACUUGUGUGCGGGAGACUAUUCUUGCGAGGGAGCUGUGUUAUUCUAAUAUACACACUUUUGACACCCUGAUUAAUAUUUGCAUAGGAACAUAUUUCCACCACUACACGUGUUAUACCGGGGAGGCAACCACAUGGUCACAGAAAUUGAAGGGCACUUGUCCCCGUCGUUGAAAGAUCAUCAAGAAUAAUGACGAAUUUGCAGCUUGAUCUGUCAUCGAAUCGUCUCCGAGUGUUUGGCGAUGACGUGUUGCCGGUGAAUUCAAAAAUCGGAAACUUGAGAUUGGCGAACAACUCACUUGAAACGAUUGAACCGAAUUCCUUGGAGGGACUCAAACUUGGUCAGUCGAUUCAGGCGUUGCAGCUGUCAAAUGGAAUCCAUUUCAGACAUUCUCGAUUUGUCAAACAAUCAACUCACUGAAGUUCCGGCCGCCAUUGGCAAGGUGGAGCAGUUGAAGAAAGUAGAUCUGAGCCAUAACAACAUUGCGAAGCUCUACCAGUACGUAUUCAACAAGAUCAAGCAGCUGCAUACUGUGGAUCUGUCGAGCAAUCAGCUUCUGAGCGUUAGUCAUUGUUUCUUUCCUCUUCUCAGUCUCAAAUUCCUCUUUUCCAGAUUGGCCCAUACAUAUUCUCCGACAGCUCAGAACUUCAUACUCUCGACGUUUCUAGUAAUGAAAUCUCUCUUCUGUUCAAGGACGCGUUUGCCAGAUGCCCGAAACUCCGCAAAAUUAUCAUGAGGGAUAAUAAAAUCAGUGAGUUUUUAUUACUUCGCAACUCGACUUUUCAUGACGAAUGUUUUAGAAUCUCUCGAUGAGGGACUCUCCGAAGCGGACGGACUCCGCCGUUUGGACGUCUCCGAGAAUGCGAUCGUAGUUCUGAAAUGGUCCGCUUUGCCGGAAAAUCUGGAGUAUCUGAUCGCGGAUAAGAACGAUAUAAACCUGCUGACGGCGGCGCCAAAGGCCAAUCUGAAGGUGGUGACUCUUUCGAAAAACAAGAUCACAGUGCUGAAUGCGGAGCAAAUUCCCAACUCGCUCGAAACAUUCGACCUCUCCCACAACAGACUGUCCCGUCUGGGAAAGGCCGCUCUGGCAGACAAAUCACAGCUGAGGAGACUGAAUCUCUCGUACAAUCAUCUGACUGUUGUGCCGACGGAAUCGAUGCGAGUCGUCGAGGCCAUUCAUCCGGUCAAAAUUGCGAUAGACAACAAUCCGUUGGAAUGCUCGUGCCAAAUGACGUGGGUGCUCAAUCCGGGAAGCGAAUCGGACAAGAAGAAGGCGGUGCGAAUUCAAAUCGAGGGCAGACAGAAUGCGACGUGCUCCCAUGCAGUCGACGGGCGGCUAAUUUCCUUCGACAGGAUCACGAAGAAAGAUCUUCUCUGUCCGUACCAAUCGGUGUGCGAACCGGAAUGCAUUUGUUGUCAGUACGGAAACUGCGACUGCAAAUCGGUGUGUCCGUCUUCUUGCCGAUGUUUCCGGGACGACUCGUUCCAAAUCAACAUCGUCCGCUGCGAACAUAACGAGACGAUCGUGCCGAAGCGAGAGUUCGUCGUCUCGGAAGUCCCCGUCUCUGCCACCGAGAUCAUUCUCUCCGGAGUCGUUCUACCUCAACUGCGCACACAUUCCUUCAUUGGACGGCUCCGUCUUCAACGGCUUCAUAUAAAUGGAACAGGGCUCCGUUCGAUACAGCCGAAGGCAUUCCACACUUUGCCAUCGCUCAAGACUCUGGAUCUCUCGGACAAUUCUCUGCUUUCUUUAUCCGGAGACGAAUUCCUCAAGACCCCGGAAGUCGCUCAAUUAUUCCUGAAUGGCAACCGUUUCUCUACUCUCUCUCGUGGAAUCUUCGAUAAACUGCCCAACCUCAAGUUCCUGACUCUGCACAACAACACUUUCGAAGAUAUCCCGCCCGUCCUUUCGAAUGUGGCCUCGUUGAGUGGAAUCUCGUUGUCUGCGAACCCGCUCCGAUGCGACUGUUCCUCUCAUGCGAGGCAUUUCAACAUGAAGAACAGCCCGUACGCGGCUCCGAUCAUCGAGCACAAUGCGGCCGAAUGGAUGUCUGUCCAUCGUCAUCUCGUUGUCGACGCCGUCAAAGUGGAAUGUGUGGAGAACGUGACAAAGGCAUUCCUGACUAAUGACACGACUGUUUUGUCUGCGUAUCCUCCGAACGUCAAUCAUGAUAUCUUUGUGAUGCCCAUCGAUGGUUACAUCGUUUUGGACUUUCCUCUCUCAAUUUAUGAUUUGCAGAGUUCCUUCGCGACUACAACAAGUCAAUUUGUGUGCCCUUCUCAUCCGGUUUCUUCGGUCAGGAUCCACAGAACAGCAUCAUCUUCGUCGUCGUCACUGUGUCCAUCGCAAUCCUUCUCUGCAUUCUCGUUCUGUUGGCCGUGUCGUUCGUUCGCAAGUCGCACGAUGCCAUCAACCAGAGGAGGUACAAGGCCUCUUCGCUCAACUGCUCCACGUCUGCGGGAUCCUCUCCGUUGCCGAUCCCUCUUCUCAGCUAUCACGCCUUUGUCAGUUAUUCAAAGAAGGACGAAAAGAUGGUGAUCGAUCAGCUGUGCAGACCUCUGGAAGACGAGGACUAUCAACUAUGUCUGCUUCAUCGGGACGGACCCACCUACAACUCGAAUGUGCACUCAAUCUCCGAUGAACUCAUUGCCCAAAUGGAUUCCGCGCAGUGUCUGAUACUCGUGUUGACCAGGCAUUUCUUAGAAAAUGAGUGGAAAACUCUUCAGAUCAAGGUAAGUCGCCGCCGCGUACUCUUCGGAUUCGUCUCAUAAACUCUUUUUUAUUCCAGACAUCUCAUCAGUUGUUUGCGAAGAACCGGGCGAAGCGGGUGAUAGCAGUGCUCGGCGAAGGCGUCGAUGUGAAUCUGCUCGACGACGAACUCGGACAGAUACUUCGGAAGCACACACGAAUCGAGUGGAGGGGGCAUCUUUUCUGGACGCUCCUCCAUUCGUCGCUUCCGUCACGUCUUCCGUUGCCCUCGAACGACGACUCUUCGCAGUUGUACUCGGACAUUUACGGCAUCGUUCCAUCCGACGUCGUCUAG